AUGUUCAACUUUAUGAAAAAGACUGCUGUGUUGACGGGCGGUGACGUUGGCGGUGGGGAAGAGCGGGAUGGAGAAAAAGAGAGGCGGAAACGUGAGAAGAAAGAAAGGAAAGAACGAGAGAAAAGGGAGAGGAUAGCCGCCGGGCUAGAGGAGCCGCUUAGGCUAGAGGAGGUUCGACGAUCUCUGAAAUUGCGGGGCCGUCGCAAAGAAAAAGAGAAACUACCCUCAGGCAUAACAGCUGACUACACAGCAUCGUUGUUCGCUCAUCUUGAACAAGACUCUAAUUAUUCCUCUUAUCCACUCAUACCUACCUCAGGAUCUUUCUCUAAUCUUAGCGAUGAGAACAACCAUCUUUCGCCUGGAUACCCUGCAACCCACACCUGGAAUAAGAAAGAAGGAGUUCUUCAGUCAGACAGCUCCGAAACAUCUCUUAAUUCAUUGAACAACCCAAAUAACGCUAAUACCAGUCCUAGACAACCACCAAAUCUACCUCCUAUACCACCUCGUCCUCCAAAACGUGGAAUACUGAAAGGUCCACGUCUAAGCAAUACUAGUUCAAAUUCCGUAGAGAACAAUGUUCAAAGUACUGAUACUGUUGAUAACAUUAACGGUCAGGAUACUAAUUUAUUGGCCCGAAAUACUCAAAAAAACGAGCUCAUUUCAUACGGUAUUCCGCCUUCUAAAAGUACUUCUUCCAGUGAUGAUAUGCAACAUGUUCAGAAUUUUACCAAAAAAGUUAUUCAUAGUCCUGUGGAAAAUCAAUACAAAAAUUAUAAAAAUGGCUCUAACAACCCAUCGAUCACUACUCAGGAUCUUGACGAGGCACCAAAGACUAACGGAAACAGCUAUCUUGGCGUGACAUCUACAUCUCCAAGUGCUGAUUCCUUAACUGAUACGACAACUAAUUCUUCUUUCGCUACUCCACCAUUUUCUACCUCACCCGUUGGCGAGUCCCAAGGAUUUCAUAGAUGGUCUCGAACUAGCAACUUCGACGAUGUAUAUCUACCAUUGCCACCUUUAUCUCCUCUACAAUUACCUAAGCCAAGAGUACUUACAAUCCAAAGACAGAAAGCUCCAAGAAAUGAUUUUGGCUUCAGCCUUCGAAGAGCUAUGAUCCAAGAGAGAAUUUUCAUUGGAGACGUUAAUGGCCAUGAUUCUGUCUUAGUGAAUGGUGACAACAAGUGUAAUAACCUAGGAACGAUCACAAAACUGAAUUACAAAGCUGUAAUUUUAGCAGAACCAGGUACUUAUCCAGGGGCCAGUGAGACUGGGCUUCUGCCUGGUGACAGGCUGAUAGAAGUAAAUGGUGUAAAUGUAGAAGAGAAAAACAGGGAAGAAGUAAUUGAUCUUAUUAAAGGGAGUCAGGAUUCUGUCACUAUAAAGGUGCAACCCAUAGCGGAACUCUGCGAGUUGUCGCGAAGGCGCGCAGCAGACGGUGGAGGAGACGUGGAUCUCUCAGAUAGCAACGUACGAGGCGGUACGCUUAGUAGAUCCGGCAGCAGAAGGUUCACUACAUCACAGCAAACGAGUGACCCUUGUCGUCUGUUCAACUACUGGCGGUUCUUCAAAAGUACUCCACUGCACCACUUCAACUUUGAAUGCGGCGUGAAAUUGUAG